AUGAAUCAGGCUUAUGCAAAUUCAUCAAAUAAUUUAGAAAGUCAUGUCCACCAAAAAAAUCAAUAUACUACUAAUCAUGCUUCCAUGAGUGACUACAAAACCAAUCGAGCAAGAGAAAUAGAACAGGUUUUUGCUGAACAUAAUGCAAAGGUGACAAGUAAACCAACAUCUAAACCUCAUCACGAUCAUAACAAUAUUUCUGAGUUUUCCACUACUCAGCACCGAACUCCAAGUGCAAGAAUGUCUUCAAAUGACAACCCUUCAACAAAAUCACCAAGAGCAAUAGCAGAAGCAGCAAGAAAUUUUCCUAUUUCUACAAAAAACAUCAUUCUAGGUGACCAUAGAAGUGGCAGUAGCUCUCGUAGUAACAGUUUGGAGAGCAUUUGCAGUGCACAUAUUAAGCCUCAUACAGGAGGUGAUGUGAGGUGGGAUGCAAUUAACAUGGUUUCUAAGGGUAAUGGUCUUGAUCUCAGUCAUUUCAAGCUUCUAAAGCGUGUUGGAUAUGGUGAUAUUGGAAGUGUGUACCUUGUAGAACUUAAAGGAACCAAAGCAUUCUUUGCCAUGAAAGUAAUGGAUAAGGCAGCACUUGCUAGUAGAAACAAGCUUUUGAGGGCACAAACAGAAAGAGAGAUUCUUGGACUUCUUGAUCACCCUUUUCUGCCAACUUUAUAUUCUUAUUUUGAGACUGAUAAAUACUAUUGUCUGGUCAUGGAGUUUUGUAGCAGUGGUAGUUUGCAUUCUCUUCGAAUGAAACAACCUAACAAGCAUUUCACUGAAGAAGCUACACGGUUUUAUUGUUCAGAAAUUUUGUUAGCCUUGGAAUACUUGCACAUGUUAGGCAUUGUGUAUAGAGACUUAAAACCAGAAAAUGUUCUAGUUCGAGAUAAAGGUCACAUAAUGUUAUCAGAUUUUGACUUAUCUCUUCGGUGCUCUGUGAAUCCUACACUAGUGAAGUCCUCAUCUACACAUGAAAGUAGUAAUGGUCCUUCUGGAGGCAUUCUAAGUCAUGAUCAAACAGUACAUGGUUGCAUGCAACACUCAAGUUUCUUUCCACGGAUUUUGCCUUCAAAAAAGAAUCGCAAGACAAAGUCUGAUUUUGGCCUUGUGGUUGGAGGAUGCCUCCCUGAACUAAUGGCUGAGCCUACAAAUGUGAGGUCAAUGUCCUUUGUAGGGACACAUGAGUAUCUUGCACCAGAGAUUAUUCGUGGUGAAGGACAUGGUAGUGCAGUGGAUUGGUGGACCUUUGGAAUCUUCUUGUAUGAGCUUUUGCAUGGGAUAACACCCUUUAAAGGUUCUGGAAACAAAGCUACCCUUUUCAAUGUUGUAGGACAACCUUUAAGGUUUCCAGAAAAACCAGUUGUUAGCAAAGUUGCAAGAGACCUUAUAGAAGGGUUGUUGGUGAAAGAGCCUAAAAAAAGAUUUGCUUACAAGAGAGGUGCCACAGAAAUAAAGCAACACCCUUUCUUCCAUGGAGUGAAUUGGGCUCUUGUUAGAAGUGCUACACCUCCUAUUAUACCAGAACCUUUUGAUUUUUCUAAGUACGAUAGAAAAACAGAUGUUCCACCAAUGGAUAAGAAGGUUGCAUAUAUUAUUGCAAGUGAUAAAAACAAUCAUACAAAACCAGAUUCAUCUUAUGAAUAUUUUGAGUACUUUUAA